UUGCUGUAUUUACUGGGAGCUGGCACCCAAGAAUAUGCAGGUGUGCCCAAAGUGUAAACUAGGAGGGGACAGUGAUGCUGGCGGGCGCAAGCGGCCUGGAAGAGGAGUUGGCAGGCUGAAGUCUGAAGGAGAGGCCAUCCCCAGCGCUGAAUGUAAAUGUCUGUGCCCCGUUCGCUGCCAGCCAUCCACUGUGCCCAGCACUAGCAGACGCAGGCGGGAAGACUCUCUGAUCUAUGGACGUUUGCGGCACAGCAUCAACUUCAGCCUUUCCUUCAACCCGGAACGCCUUAAGCAAGCCAGACAAUUUGUGGAGAGGGCCGUCAAGCAAAGGAAGAUCUUCAUGAUACACGGCCCUUACCCUGUGAUCCGGAAACGACUGCAGGGCAGAGGUUGGGUGGAGAGGAAGUUUCCCAAGUUGCCUAAACCUGCUAGUAAGUGUGUUCCUGUGCCUGAUGGGGAGCAGGAGGAAGAAGGAGAGGAUAGUGAUGCGCCGGAGGAUGAUGAAGAAGAAGAAGAGGAAGAUGAACCAGACGAUGAUGCUGACGGCACCUAUAGCCUCAUGUCAAGGUUGGUUCGUAACCAGAUCCCCUACUUCAUCUGGACCAACCGGCGUGAAGUCAUUGACUGCCGCGUCCUGCGCAAGGACCAGAUGAUGAAUCACUACGCCAAGGCUGGUACCUUCACCACCAAGGUAGGACUGUGCCUUAAUCUGCGGAAACUGCCAUGGUUUGACCAGGCCGAUGCCGAUACGUUCUUUCCACGUUGUUACCGACUGGGAGCUGCAGAUGAAAAACAUGCCUUCAUUGAGGAUUUCCAGCUCACUGCAGCCAGGAGCCUUCUCAAAGUGGUGAUGAGACGAUAUUGGCGUGAAUCCACCUUAACUGCAUCGCUGGAAACGAAUGAGGAUGAGUUUGUGGAUGGCAAAAAGUCUCCUGAAGUCAAGCCAGGCCACAAGAGAAAGCCUGUCCUCUCACCGCGCUUGCUAGAGACGGCCAUCCGUGCCUGUGAGGAGCACUUGAGCAGCUUGAAGCACCAGGACAUUGACAAAGAGGUUGGAUCUCCUCUGGUGAUGACCAAAGCGCACUGGGAACAGUUUCUACAAGGCUACUAUCAGGUAGUCCACGAGGGAGCGCAGAUGAUGCAGACGGGCAGCCACGUUGAAAAGUGUGACGAUAUCCUGAAUCGGCUGGCAAAAGUGGUUCCACAGCUGGACAUGGAAGGUGACAAAAGCAUUUGGAUUGUAAAGCCAGGAGCCAAGUCCCGGGGCAGAGGCAUAAUGUGUAUGGACCACUUGGAGGAUAUUGUGAAGCUGGUGGAUUGCGACCCCAUGAUUGUCAAGGAUGGCAAAUGGGUGGUGCAGAAAUACAUCGAGACGCCGCUGCUCAUAUUCGGCACAAAAUUCGACCUCCGUCAGUGGUUCUUGGUAACUGACUGGAACCCACUCACCAUCUGGUUCUACCGGCAUAGCUACAUCCGCUUCUCCACGCAGCCCUUUUCCCUACGAAACCUGGACACCUCCAUCCAUCUCUGCAACAACUCCAUCCAGAGGCACUAUGAAAACUCGCAGAACCGCCACUCUGGCUUGCCCCCUGACAACAUGUGGUCGUCAGAGCAGUUCCAGGCCCACCUGUGGCAGAUGGGGGUCCCAGAUGCCUGGUCCAAGGUAAUCGUGCCGGGCAUGAAGGCCGCCAUAAUUCAUGCCAUGCAGACGUCGCAAGACCUGGUCGAGUUCCGCAAAAACAGCUUUGAGCUCUACGGCGCAGACUUCCUGUUUGGAGAAAACUACCAGCCGUGGCUGAUUGAGAUCAACGCCAGCCCGACCAUGGCAGCCUCCACGGCCGUCACCAGCCGCCUGUGUGCCAGCGUGCAGGAGGACACGCUGCGGGUGGUGAUCGACCGCAAAUGUGACCGCAGCUGCAGUACAGGGGGCUUUGAGCUCAUCUACAAGCAGGCGGCUGUGGAGGUACCCCAGUAUGUUGGCAUCAAUCUUUUGGUCGAAGGCUCCACCAUCAAGAAGCCUCGAACUGUGUGCCAAAGAAAUCCCACGUCUGAGGACACAAAGAACACCAAGGGGAAGGAGCAACCCAAGACCCCUAAGAUUUGUUACCAGCGUGGAAGUCACGGGAACCCCCAGGGCCCAACCCCAUGCUGGGCAGCAGCAAACAGCAAGGCAGUGGCGCCGGCAAGCCCUGGGAAAGAGAACCAAGUCAGAGAGACUUCCCCGGCCAGCCAGGUGGCCUCCUCAACCUCUGCCGUGUUGAAGCUUCCCAGCAAGCUGAAGCCGGAACCGCGCAGAAGGAUACUGAUGGCGCACAGCAUUGCUUCCACCGUCGCUAUCCCGGGGGACAUGCUGUUGCGGCCAGUGCAGCUCUGUGCCAAAUCCCGCUCUCAGAAGCUGACCGUAAACCUGAAGGAGUCCACCAACCGUCCUGCCAAGAUUGCUGGUGUGUUUUUGCGGGUGACCGGCAAGGCAGCCCAGAUGCCAGGCCGUGCUGUGCCCCGCAGGCUUCCCUGCCUCUUCUGCAAGGAUGGAAAGGCCUUGGCCAGAGCGCAAAUGGUGUGCAGCUGCUCCAGUUCGCUUCCCAAACUCCGCUUCCACGUGAGGGUCAACUCUUGCCAGGCGUACAGGGAUUCGCUGAGGGCUCCCAGGACGCAGCUCUUCCCCCCUCUUCUGCCCUCGGAAGCUUUGCUUGACUAAACUGUCCCGCGUGAGGGGAAAUCCAAGAGAGUUUCCACUAAAAACAUCUUGCCGCUGCAGUCAGUAGCUGCAAUGUCACCGCUGCCUGUUCAGAUGAACCUCCUCCUCCCAGCACAGUUGCCAGUGAGCUUACCUGAGUUAACAGCUGCUGUCCUGCACCUGCCACCAACCUUUGAGAAAACUUCCACUGAACCGUGAUCAUGACACCACAUGGCAGAUUUCCUGCAAACUGAAUUCGUCCGGAGGUGGCUGAGCCUGUGACUUCAAUCCGCUAAUAAUUUAGGAGGGGGCUCAGCAGGGGUUGAGUUUAGAAAUACACCUACUAGAGUUUUGGGCCUGCUGAGAAGAUCUCUAGCGGGUCACGGAGUACCCAAGGUUGACUGGGAGUUCUUCAGCUUUCGCAGCACAGACAUCAGCAAGGAGACUUUGUGGUGCCUCUGGGUUUUACCUUUUCCCUCGUGUGCCUGGAUAGCUUUCCUGAAGUCUUUGCUCUCUGGCCCUGGGAAAGGAGCACUUUAGAGACACUGUCCUCCUUCACGCACCCAAGGAAGUGGGAGACUCAAAGCCUGAGGGGCUGACCCAAGCGAGAGAGCCAAAGCAAAAGACGACAGCGCUUCACCCGUUAGAAUCAUGCCAUAUCUAUCUGUGCAAAGAAAGAGGAAAACAUGCUUUCCAAGAGAUAAAAUGUGCGUUCCUUUUGCGCCGUCUCACGUGGCAACCCCGUAAGCCACGUUUCUCAUCCUCAGCAGCUAGUGGUCUGUGGGGCAGGGCAAACAGGCUGGUUUGGGGCCUAAUCGUCCCCCACUUCCGUUGCUAAGACUCAGGCGAGGGCAUCUGUAUGGAGGGACUGGUUGCUGUGGUUACGCUCUGCAUCUUGUUGACAGUCUGUUUAAGAGAGUGGGGACAGGCCUGGCUUUCUACCUUCUAACACUUCUUCAACACCCCUCUCCAGUGAAGCUGGUUGCUGCUCGGGCUGUUAAACAUGAAUGAUAAUCUCAUACAUAAACAGAUACGGGCUUCA